CAGUAGUUUGAGAAACUUUGUUUGUGUAUUGACGAAAGGUAACGUAAUUGACUCGCAUUGACACCAUCAGCACUCACUACGACUACUACAGCACAGCACAUUCCCUCUCCUCCUCGUCUUCUCCGCCGAUCACAGCCACCGACCUAAACCUAAGCUUCCAUUUACUAAUCCACCCCGAACACGCCUAUGGCAGCGAAAGCAUCAUCUUCCUCCUUCGAAAUCUCUGCUGACGGCCCUGUCCUCAGCCUCAUCAACAAGCGCAUUCGUGCUUUGCGCAAAAAGCUCAACCGCAUAUCACAAAUGGAGGAAUCUCUCUCCCGCGGAAAAUCCCUCAACAGAGAGCAGCAGGAAACCCUCCGCUCGAAGUCAUUCGUCGUGGCCGGCAUAGACGAGUUGGAGAGACUCCGCCAGCCCCUCUUGCAGGCUGUGGAUCAGGAAAUUCAGAUCGCUCUGGACAAAAGUGACCAUUCUUUUGGAACUCAAUCGGAAGACAGGGCUGCUGAGGAGGAAAACGUGGAGCGUGCCGCAACUGAUGAAAGUGGUGUUGUUGCUGCUGUUGCCGAUCUGCUGAAAUUGCUGUAUUUUGGGAGCAUUUUUGAUGUGAGGACCCUGUCGAUGGCGCACGAUAACAUGUUGACGAGGACUCAUGAGAGGAACUGCUGCCUCUCGUAUGAUUACGUGACAGAUGAUGAGGCUGCCGGAGAUCCCUUGAAAGACUUGGAUCUGGAUUUGAUUGCGCUGAUGGGGGGUCUCUUGAUUUCCCGCCCGGUGCAUUCGAACAUGUCGCACAAGGACUCGUUACAAAUGUGUGUGGAGCGUGCAAAGAUGUGGCUUACCAACUCAGACCAGCCAAUUGAGCCUAAUUUCAGUAUCACUUACGCUGGCUUGAGGCAGAAGCUAAACAAGAUUAUGGCUUCGGACUACUUCACAACAACUCCAGAGAUUAAGGCUCCCGUUGAAGUGGCUGCAGUUAUGGGGAAUUAUACUUCUUUUCAGGAUCUGCUGCAUGGUUCUAUAAUUCCUCAUGUUGGUUUCACUGGCCCUGUGGAAGGCUCAGCUGCAGAUUCUGAGCAAGAGGUCAUACAACGAGGAGGAUGGUUCUAGCUUGCCUCAACUCUCCUGCCCCAUUGCACUCUCAGAAAAUCGAAGUUUGUUGGGUGUUGAAGUUCUAAUUUGCAAGCAUUUUAGACCUGGAACGUGUUUUCUGUUUUCAAGCUAUGUUUCUUCUUCUUUUGGUUGGACAUUUCAUGCCUUUGUUUGACUUGUUUGACUUACAGACUCUGUCAGAACGAAUGUGGAAGCCUUCUAGCAAAGUUUGUUAGGAGGAAGCCACAAAAUAGUAAUGGCCAAUGGCGUGUUAUGAUGAUGAAUCUGGCCUUGCUGGAGAAGUUUUUCAGGGAGCAUCGGAGGUGGAAAGCACAUUAGAACUCCAUGCGCAGACAGAGCCGGGAACUGCAGUUUAUCAAAACUUCAGGCAGGUGAAAAUCUCAGGAGCAACGGUGUAAGAACCAAAACCCAUAUCAAAAGUGUCGUGGUGGGGGUGGCCACAAAGGAUAUGCUAACGGUAAAGGUACGGAUUGCUACUACGAUUACUAUGGCCGCGUUCAAGCAUCAUCACCUUCUUAAUUUAGGGUGUUGAUAAUUUACAAUUCGGUUAGGGGGCGUUUACUUUGAGUGAUAGGGUGAAUAGAUAAAAAUAAUCCAAGCUAAUCUACCAUUUACUUUGAUCGAUUGAUUAAUUUUGAACUUAUUUGACCAUCUUAUCCUUUAAAUACUCAAAGUAAACGCCUCCUUAGGGUGAUUCAUUCUUGUUGUGAACUGCAUAUUUGAGAAACUUAUUAAUUACAUGAAUAAAUUGCCAAAUGCAUA